AUUUGCGGUUUAGAUAAAUUUACAGCAAAUAAAUCGAACAUGUACUUUCCCCGUGCAUGUGUCUACUAAAUACACAUAUGUAAAGAUGACGCGCGCGCAUUUUGUCCCGUUGGGUAAUUCCAGUCUCGUAGCAUCCAGUAGUUGAUCACAGUAAAUGAUCGAGCGUCGAGAUAUAAGGAAGAACGAAUCGUAAUUGUUGGCAUUUCGCACACGGAGUGUUUUACCAUGCGGAUUAUUCAACAGAUUUUCACAUUGUUAAUCAUUAUUUAUGUGUGCACUGGUCAUGGAUAUGCACAAACUAAUAAUAAUUGUGGGCCAGAAAAUUUUCUAUGCAAUAAUGGAGAAUGUUUAGAGGGUGGAUUGUUAUGUGACGGCAAAGCUGAUUGCAAAGAUUCGUCCGAUGAGACAGAGGCCAGAUGUAAAAAUCCAGAUAUUCAGUGUCCAAGCUACGCCUUUCGAUGUAAUUAUGGUGCUUGUAUAAGCGGGGAUCUCGUUUGCAAUGGAUUUCAGGAUUGCGUCGAUAAUAGCGACGAAACUCAACCUCAGUGCAGGACAACGGGAGGAAAUCAAACGAGAAAACCUGCAGUAUGUAGAUCGGGUCAAUUUACGUGCAACAAUGGCAACUGUAUUAAUAGUACCAGUCUAUGUGAUGGAAUCCGCAAUUGCGCGGAUGGCUCCGAUGAGACAUCAGAAUGCGCAUCGUUACCCUGUUCGGCGGGUGCUUUUCGUUGUGCUUAUGGAGCUUGUAUCGAUGGUGAUUUAAAAUGUAAUGGAGUGGACGAUUGCGCCGACGGAUCCGAUGAGAAUUCAUCAUCAUGUGGUGGAGUUGUAUGGCCAACAUCUUUACCGCCGACCAGACCAACACAUCCAUCACCACUAACUACUAUUCAACCACCAACUUCACCAACAAGUUCUUCUGGCAGAAAGUCUUGCAGAGCGCCAUUACAACCGCAAAACGGUCGCUGGAAAUUACACGAAUCACAAUGCCCAAAUGGACAAUGUACCAUUCCAGAAGGAACAGAACUAGGAUUAGGAUCUCAUCUAGUCUAUUCUUGUAAUGAGGGACAUAAUCUAAAUGGUUCGGCCGAUGUGAUUUGCAGUUUCGAUGGGAAAUGGCUGAAUAUACCAGUUUGCACAGAAAUACGCUGCAGAGGUUUAACUACAGCAUCAGUCGACGCAGCAUGUACAACAUAUGCUGAAGAUCGUUGGGUACCAUGCGAAUCUCCAGUUCUACCAGGAACAAAAGCGACAUUGACCUGUAAAACAAGUUAUCGACGUGAAACUAGCCUACUUUCCAGACAAAGAAGCAAUGUGAAAUGUAAUACAAAUGGUCAAUGGGAACCAGAACCUAUAACAUGCGUUCCAGUUUGCGGCAUUCAACCUGUUGGACUUAGACCAACUGCUGUACAUGGCUAUCAGCCAAAUAUUACGGAAUUUCCGUGGCAUGCCUCGCUGUAUCGCGAUAUACCGGGCAAGUCAAAAGAAUAUUUCUGUGGAGCAUCUAUCAUUCAAGAAAAUCUCUUAAUAACAGCAGCUCAUUGUAUAUAUGAUGACAACGCUAGGCGAGUGAGAGACCCUAGCAAGAUUUACGUAGUAACCGGAAACAUAUUUCGUGAUUAUGAUAAUUUCUUUCAUGAUGAUCGCAUCGUUAAAAAGAAUAGGGUGAAAAGUAUUUAUUAUGAACGCAGUUAUAUAGGACUCACAGGAAAUUAUGGCUCGGAUAUCGCAAUAUUAGAACUUGUCGAACCAUUUGUAUUGACGAGUUUUCUGGUUCCUGUGUGCAUAGAUACUUUAAAUAGGAAUUUAUUGGAAGAGGGAACUUACGGAAAGGUAGCAGGAUUUGGUAGAACCGCAGAUGGUGAAACCAGCGCAGUUUUACAAGCUCUUAUAGUGCCAUAUGUCCCACUCAGCAAGUGUAAGGCAGAAAGUAAAAUUGCUGAUACGGAACGAUAUAUCACUAUUGACAAGUUUUGUGCAGGCUACACAAAUGGUUCUGCUGUUUGUGAUGGUGACAGUGGUGGUGGUUUAGUCUUUCAAACUAAUAAUUUGUGGUAUCUCCGAGGGAUUGUCAGUGUUUCUCUCGGCACGAUACAGCAAGGUGGAUCUUCUUAUUGUGAUCCCAACACAUAUUCUUUAUAUACACAAGUAUCUAGUCAUAUUUCAUGGAUACAAGAUGUAAUUGUAAAAAUAGAACAAAAUCGGACGCAUUUAUUAUACUCAGACAAGACUCAACCAUUAUAGAUGUUUUUCCGAAUUUGUAAUGGAACCACCGAUUAUUAUGUGCAGUCAUCGAAUUUAAAAA